AUGCCUAAGGACAACCACUCCUCUACAACUGAGUUCAUCCUCAUAGGAUUUACAGAUCACCCAGAGCUGAAGACCCUUCUGUUUGUGGUGUUCUUUGCCAUCUAUGUGAUCACCAUGGUGGGGAAUCUUGGUUUGGUGGCAUUAAUUUAUACAGAACAUCGUCUGCACACACCAAUGUACAUGUUUCUGGGCAACCUGGCUCUGAUGGAUUCCUGCUGCUCCUGUGCCACUAUCCCCAAGAUGUUAGAGAAUUUCUUUUCUGAGGACAGAAGGAUUUCUCUCUAUGAAUGCAUGACACAAUUUUAUUUUCUCUGUUUUGCUGAAACUGCAGACUGCUUUCUUCUGGCGGCAAUGGCCUAUGACCGCUAUGUGGCCAUAUGCAGCCCACUGCAGUACCACACCAAGAUGUCAAAGAAACUCUGCAUUCAGAUGACCAUAGGGACCUACAUAGCUAGUAACCUACAUUCCAUGAUUCAUGCAGGGCUUCUAUUAAGGUUAACUUUCUGCCGGUCUAACGUAAUUGACCACUUUUUUUGUGAUAUAAUUCCACUCUAUAGACUCUCUUGUACUGAUCCUUUUAUUAAUGAACUAAUGAUAUAUAUUUUUUCAAUGCCAAUUCAAAUCUUUACCAUUGUCACUGUCUUAAUCUCUUAUGUCUGCCUCCUUUCCACUGUUUUCAAAAUGAAAUCCAAGGAGGGGCGAGGUAAAGCAUUUUCUACCUGUGCUUCCCACUUUUUCUCUGUCUCAAUAUUCUACAUUUGUCUUCUCAUGUAUAUUCGACCAUUUGAAAAAGGGGAUAAGGAUAUACCAGUGGCAAUAUUUUACAGCAUAGUAAUUCCAUUAUUAAACCCUUUCAUUUAUAGCCUGAGAAAUAAGGAGGUGAUAAAUGUUCUUAAAAAAAUUAUGAGGAAUUAUAAAAUUUUUAAACAAACUUCAUCCUCUACUGCAAAUUUUAAUUUAUUAAAAUGCUUUCAUAAAUAA